GGAAAAAGAAAAAAAAGAGAACGGAAAUCCCUCCCUUUAAAGGAGGAAGAAGAAGAAGGGCCGGCAAGAAACCGGUGAAAACUUAGUUCCCCCUUCUUUCUUUCUUCUUAGUUUCUGCAAAUAAUUUCAACUUACUCAUUCCCUCUGGCUUUUUUAUUUUUAUUAUCGAUUAUCACCAAAUGGGAACGGAGGUUCUAUGUCCCCAGGACUUUUUAAUCGAAAGGUUCAGGGUAGGUGGCCCGGCGGUUUUCCCUCGCCGCAAGUCAUACUCCGCCGGCAAUCCUAAGCCAUGCCGGAAACCGGUUACCCGACCGGAACCUAGAAAGCGUUUUCCCACUCAAUCAGAGCCAUUGGUUUCAAGAAAGUUGAGCUCCGAUGAUUCAUCGAAAUCUUCCAAGAAUUUCGUCAUGGGACAGGUGACGAUCUUAAAGCGUGGAGAGCCUCUCGAUUCCAAAAGGAAAAAUGAAUCUUCUUUGAAGAACCAUCACAACGUAGCUUCUUCUUCUUCUUUUUCUUCAACUGCAAGUGUGGAUCUGAUCGUCUGUGGCACGGAGCGGUUGGGACCGGAUCCAGAAAUGGUCCCUAAGCAGAUCCGUAUCGCGGAUCUCAAAGCUAUUCUUUCUCCAGUGGCUGUCCGGUCUGAUGUGUACGCCGGAGCCGCCUUCUCUGUCUCCCCUUCUCCGAGUAGCCUGCCGUUGCCAUCGUUUUUUAAAAAGAAAGACGGUCUCACCAUCGUCGACGAUUCCGCCACCAAGGAUCUGAGACGUCUUCUCCGGCUUGAUUAGUUUUCUCUUUUACAAGAUUAAACAGUAUGGAUCUAGAUCGGGAUCUAAGGUCAAAAAGAGUUCUGCUUUUCACGGUUUCGCCUGAUAUCGUCGUCGUCUCAUAUUCAUCAGAUCUGUUCUCGUGGCUUAUUUUUUACUGCACACGGGAUGAAGAUCCGAAAUAUUGAGAUAGAAAGUAAUGGCAAAGCUGAGAUGGUAUGUCGGACCUAUCAUCUAUAUUAUCGAUAUGUAAAUCCAUGUAUAAAUGGGAAGAGAUGGAUGGAUCGAUUAAAGGGGAGAUUCCUCUUGAGUGGAGAAAAUCCUGAGGUUUCUUCUCUGGGAAUCUGUAAUAUCUUCUUGAAUUAGUUCUUGUGGGGGUUGAGUGUUGAAUGUGAAUCUUCUGCUCUGCUAUUAGGGUUUGUAACCUUCAUCUGUAAUAUAUAUAAAGAUGAGGGAGAUAAAAGACACGGAGAAAACUGGGAAUGGUUUGUUCUCAGUUUGUUCCCUCUA